AUGCGCCACGACUCCGCUGAAUAUGUCAAAAGAUGUGAUCGUUGCCAACGAUACAAGCCGAUCCCUAAUCUGCCUGCCGAAGUUUACCAUCCGCAAAACAGUCCAUGGCCAUUCAUGCAAUGGGCCAUCGACUUAGUGGGUCCCUUGCCACCGGCGCCUGCCAAGAAAGAAAUGAUGAUCGUCGCCACUGAUUACUUUACUAAAUGGAUCGAGGCCGAAGCUCUAUCCUCUACUAAAGAAGCCGAUGUGGAGCGAUUCAUCUGGAGAAAUAUCAUCUGCCGGUUCGGCUGCCCACAAUCGUUGGUCACUGACAAUGGCUCACAGUUCAUUGGCAAGCAGAUCACCGCCUUCUUUGCGAAAUACAAGAUCAAACAACACCUGUCUACUCCAAGGUAUCCACAAGGAAAUGGGCAGGCUGAGGCAUCCAACAAAGUCAUAUUAGACUGCUUGAAGAAAAGGCUAGAAGGCGCCGAAGGGAAAUGGGUGGACGAACUCCCCGGAGUACUAUGGGCUUAUCGCACCACCAAACGAAGGUCGACUGACGAAACCCCAUUUUCCCUUGCCUAUGGAACUGAAGCGAUCAUUCCUCCUCACGUCAAUGUCCCCUCUAUAGGCAUUGAAGUCGGCAGCAUAGAGCAGAACUCCGAGCAGAUGAGACUCAACCUUGACUUACUUGAAGGCGAGCGCGAGAAGGCCAUUGUGCGAGUCGCCUCCUAUCAACAGCGGUUGAAGUCCUACUACGACAAAAGAGCCAAGAUCAGACAGUUUCAACCUGGCGACCUUGUGCUAAGAAAAGCCUUCAUCACUGCACAAAGACAAGGGUCUAAGAAAAUAAAACCCAAUUGGGAAGGCCCUUAUGUAAUCAGCCGGUCCGGGGGCAGAGGAAGCUACACGCUGGACACCAUGGAUGGGAAGGAAAUACCACGGCAAUGGAAUGCCUACCAUCUCCGAAAUUUCUCAUUCCAAAAUGUCUCAUCUACCUACAAAACACAACUGUUGUCCAUAAGCAGCGUCCUUCGGGAGACGCAGGGCAACGACCAGAAGCGUCCUUCGGGAGACGCAGCCCAUAAAAAGCGUCCUAAGGGAGACGCAGGGUGCGCCAGGAAUUUCCUAAGGGAGGUAUCCAGGUUCCUAUCCGUUCCCUAA